GAAGGAGUCCAAGGGGCAGGAGAAGACGAUUUGUAGGAAGAAGUGUAAGCUGGAGAUAAACUUGUCCCCUCUUCUCAUCUCUUGUUGGAUUUUGAGCCCGGAGGGGUUUGUUUUGUUGGCCGAACCACUUUGAGCGUGUGGAGGCGCGUGCCUGCGGAAUGCCCCCGGCGGCGGUGGCACCGCUCCCGGUCCCGUCCAGGCGGACGCACCUCUGACAGCCCGCCCCAUACGCGCGGGCUGCAGGAGCUGGGACGCGGCGGAACCAUGUCCCGUCCGACCUCCCAACUGCUGCUGGCGGGUUUCACCUUCAGGCUGCUGCUGCCGCUCAGCCUCAGCGCAGGGGCUUUGCUGCGUUUCAACGGCUUCUCGCUGCUCUACGUCCUCCUGCUGCUACUGCUGCCGCUGCUGCCCCAACCCUGCGCCGGCUCCCUGCGUGCAGGCAACAGCAAUCGCUGCGUCACGGCGGUUUGUGUGUCCAGUUUCCUCUUCCUGCUGCUGCAGACCUUCUUCCAGAUAUCCGCUGCUGCCCUCACCCCCGACCGCAAGUGCACCUCCUGGCAGAAGGCGCUGAAUCAGCUGGGCUUUGUGAGGCUGACAGGAAGCGAUGCGCCGUCCGCCGUGCGACACGUCCUUCCGGAUGUCGGUGUGCUGGUGGUUGGCCUGCUGGCAUGGAGGCUGAGCCUGAGACUCGGCCCUGCGACACACACCCAGGAAUCGCGGCUCUACGACCCAGAGGACGAAGCAAGCGCCGGCAGCAGGGUGGCAGCCCAAGUAGAACAAGUCUUGAGCAAAAUCAGGAUGAUGCUGGCAAAUGCCAUGACCGCUGGAGGCAAGCUUCUCUUCACGCUUUUGCUGGGACUCACAGGUGUGGUGCUGCCAUCACUCUCCUCCCUGCCCUACUUGCUUUCUUUUCAGGUGGUAUGCACUUGGUGGGCUUGGAGCGGUCGGCUCCCCCCGCCGCUCUUCAGGUGUCUCUCUCUGAUGUCGCUCUUGUAUUCCGCCGCCCACUUCCUGCUCGUCUACAGCUACCAGCUGCCUUCGCUGCAGGAGGCGUGGCCUUCCACCCAGACCGCCGCAAGCGUGUUCGGCCUGGUGCCUCUGGUGUCGGCGGACUGCGAUGCUCCCUGGAGGAUGCAGGUGAACCCGCUGCUCAGCUGGUUUCACUUUGUCAGCCCGCUGACGCUCGUGACGCUCUACCACGUCGUCGCUGGCCUGCGGAGGAACCAGCUGCUGGAUGGCGGAGAGGUUCCGAGCACAGACAAAAUGGACUCUUUGGAGCCCGUCAGCUGUGAUGCCAGCAGUGACGUUAUCACCACUGAUGAAGUCAUCGGCGGUGAGGUCAAAGGUGACAUCGUGGCCGAGAGCCAACGAGAGUUGUGGAGAACAGCUCAUGACGGAGAUGUGCGUUUUGGGACGCCAACCGAUUCUUUGGCCCUGGAUAGUCCGCCCGAGUCUUUGGCCCCGCCCACACAGAGCACAGUCCUGGAGUCGGACACGCCUCACUGCUCCUUCAGCCAAUCAGCAGACACGUUGGAGACGUGCGCUUUCGAAGGCGACGCAACCCAUUGGGGCGGCGAGGACGCGCAACCGCAUGGCGGAUCCGGCGUGGCCUCCGUGGCGUCGGGCUUCCUCCUGAAGCAGAGUUACGUGGCCGCACUGAUGGCCAUGAUGGCCUGGUCCAUCACGUACGUGUCGUGGCUGACCUGCGUGCUACUGCUGUGGUCAUGCGCUCUGUGGAUGAUGCGCCAGCGGCGGCGCUACACACUGGCGUCCUCUCCGUGGUUGGUGGCCUACGGUAACCUGCUGCUCGUCCUGCAGUACGUCUUCAGCUUUGCAGCCGUCCGUCAGGUGCCGGGACUCUUUCCCAAAAAGGACGAUCCCUGCCGGGAGCUGGCGUCAAAGCUCGUGUGUCUGCUGACCUUCUGGCUGCUGCUACGUCAGGCUCGUAUGGAGAAGACGGACCGACACCCCGACGGAGAGACAAACUCCCGGCUGUCCACCGUCACCAUCGUCCGCACGGAAGCUGAGGAGAAGAUGGAAGAGAUUUGCUACGAGGAGGUCCUUUUGAUGAAAGGAGGAGUUCAGAUGGACGCUCUGCUUGCAGUACUCACCAGGAUGUUUGUCAAAUACUGGAUCUACGUCUGCGGCACAAUGUUCUUUUUUGUCAGUUUUGAAGGCAAAAUGGUCCUGUACAAGGUCAUCUACAUGGUGAUGUUCCUGUGCUGUGUAGCUCUCUACCAGUUGAACUACGAAAAGUGGCGGGCCUUAUUACGAGGCUUUUGGGUCGCUGUGGUGGUUUACUCCAUGUUGGUCCUCUUUUUGGUCUACACCUUCCAGUUCCCCUCGUCCCUCCACACCUGGACCUACUACACUGGACUAAGCACUCACAGGUUGGAAGACCUGGGUUUAGAGAAGUUCUCAGUCCCGGUCCUCUUCACGAGAAUCUUCAUCCCCACAGCUUUUCUGCUGGUGUGUAUUGUUCACCUGCACUACUUUCACGAGCCUUUCCUCCAGUUGACAGACCUCAAAACUGUAGUGGACACGCACAACAGCACCAUCACAAGGUUGGUCCACUCUGAGGGCAGCCUUGUGGACAUGUCAGUGGGAGGCGUUUCGCAGCUCUUUGCGGAGGAGGAAGAAGGGGGCGUGGUCUCAGGAAAAGAGGACGAGCCAGAGGAAAAGUGGAGACAAGAAGAAGAUGAGGAGCCCUGCACGUUUGAGGAGGCGAGCCUGUCGGAGCACACGGCAGCGCUGGUGUCGUGGAGAUUGGUGGUGGACCGUCUCUCGGUUUUGUUCCUGCGCCUCCUCCUGUCUUUGCAGCGCCUCCAGAGCCUCCUCUGGUGGCUACUGGAACUCCACAUUGUGAAAAUUGUCUCAUCCUACAUGAUCUGGAUCUCAGUCAAGGAGGUGUGUGUGUUCAAUCUGCUGUUUGUGGCGUCUGUGGCUGUGGCUUUGCCUUGCAGAGCCUGGCGCCCCCUGCUGGCUGGGGUGUGCACCGUGUGGACGUGCAUGGUGGCCAUCUGUAAGAUGAUGUACCAGCUCAACAUUGUCCAGCCCGUCACAUCCAACUGCACCAUGCCAGGUAAUGCCACCACCAACGUGUCUACCUCAGUCUUGUACGCUGCUCCGAUUGACCCCGCCCAGUGGGUGGGUCUUCGCAAAUAUGAGGGAAAACUGCUGGACUACUUGCGGUACAACCUGAUGAUGCUGGCGCUCUUGGCCUUCGAGGUGACGGUUGACAGACACCAGGAAUUCCACCGUCUGCGCUGCAACCAAGUCCCACCUCCGACCAAAACUUUGUUCCAUGACAUCAGCAGGCGUCACAUGGAUCAAAGCGUGCUGAGCUGCGCCAAAUACUUUCUCAAUUACUUCUUUUACAAGUUCGGCCUGGAGACCUGCUUUCUGUUAGUGGUCAACGUGAUUGGUCAGCGGAUGGAUCUGUUCGCCGUUGGCCACGCCUUGGGGCUCAUCGGCGUCCUGUCAAGGCGUAGCAGGAAGCGAAUCAGUGCGGUGUGGCCAAAGUACUGCUACUUCCUCUCCGGGCUCUUGUGCCUCCAGUAUCUCUUGUGUAUUGGAUUGCCGCCUGCUGUCUGCAAAGAUUAUCCAUGGCGGCCGCCCACAUCCAACGUGGACUCCAACGUGGUGAAAUGGCUUUUCCUGCCAGAUCACCUGACUCCCCCAAACCCCCUCUUCCUUCUAUACGACUAUCUGCUCCUGCUGGGCGCCUCGUUACAGCUUCAAGUGUUCGAGGACGAGCGUGACGUCAGCGUCCAGGCGCUGGCGGGCAACAACGGCGAGCUGGAUGUCGAAGAUGGCCACGUCUGGGAUCUGACCCGGGGGCUUCGUCCCAACACCGUCCCCGACUUCAUGCUGUCCAGGUCUUACCUGGAUAUGAUGAAGGUCAUCAUUUUCAGCUACAUGUUCUGGUUUGUCCUCACCAUCAUCUUCAUCACAGGAACCACCAGGAUCAGCAUCUUCUGCAUGGGCUACCUAGUGGCGUGUUUCUAUUUCCUCUUGGUGGGCGGAGACCUGCUGCUUAAACCCGUCGGCUCCAUCCUGCUAUAUUGGGACUGUCUGAUCGGCUACAACGUCUUUGUCAUCACCAUGAAGAACAUCCUUUCUAUCUUGGCGUGUGGUUUCAUCAAGUCGCUGGUUGUCAACCACUGCUGGUUGGUCCAGCUCUUCAGCCUGGCCUGCACCAUCCGAGGCUACGCUAAGCCGGCACAGCAGAGCAGCAAACAAUGCGAACUGCCCAGCGACGAGGCGGGAAUCAUCUGGGACGGCGUGUGCUUCUGCUUCCUGUUGCUGCAACGGAGGGUCUUCCGGAGUCACUACUUCCUCUACGUGGUGCUGGACCUGCAAAACACCCAACUGCUGGCCUCCAGGGGGGCGGAGCUCUUCGAGGCAUCUACCGUGAAAGCAGUGCGCGCUAGACUGGAGGUGGAGAAGAUGUCCAUGGACCUACUGAAGAGACAGAUGGAGAGGAUUAAAUGUCGCCAGCAGAAGUUCCGAAGAGGAAAAGAGAAAAUGCUCAAUUUGACUCAAAAGAGCUCCCGUAGUGACGCUCAGGAAAAGAUGAAGGGGCGAGCACAGGAGGAUUGGUGGAGGCCGUGGGUGAACCAUGCCUCCAUGGUGAGGAGCGGAGACUACUUCCUGUUUGAGAGCGACAGCCAGGAAGAUGAAGAUGACAAAAAGGAUGAAGAGAAGGAGGAGGAGGGUCCUGACAAAUCUGCCCUUCAGUUCGUGUAUCACGCCUGGAUAACGGACUCCAGAACGGCCCUGCGAGCUCGUCACAGCCGGAAGAAAGUGAAGAAACAGAAGCCCGAGCAGAAGAUGGCGCAAAGCGAAAGAGAGGAGACGUCAGAUUGCGCCACUACUGAAGUGAUGGAGGAUUCGGAGGAGGACGUGGAGAAGGACAAGGAGGAGGGAGCGGAUACGGUCCUGCGUCGGGCCUCCAACGUUCUUCGCUUCUGCUGGGUUGUGUUGUCGGCUCUGCUGGACUCGCUGACCGCUUGGCUGGGUGGUUUGUGUCGCGAACACGUGGACAUCUCCACCGUGCUGCGCAUGGAGCGCUGCAUGCUGACCCAGCAGGCCAAGCAGGGUCAGGUGCCGUCCAGAGAGGCCAUCCAUGUGUACUACCAGCAACAGAUGAUGCAGAGUUCCAGAGAAUCAGGAAUCAACCUGAGUGUUCCUGAGGAAGAAGCGGUUAUAGAUGAAAAAGGAAAUGAGGACAAAGACGAGAGUCCAGCAGCGGGAAGUGGACCUGCAUUCACCUCUGGAGAUGAAACAAAAGCUGAUGCCUCUGUGGUCCAGACAAGAGAAGAUUGCCCAGAGUGCUUCAUAGCUAUGACCAGCCAAUCACACCGAGCCAAACUGACCAGGAUGAAGAGAGUCACAUCAUCCUCAGAUGAGGAGGACCACAGGGCUGCCUCGCCCUCCUCUCAGAUGUCCCCACCUUCCUACAGCCAUGCUCUGGCUGGGGACAUCCAAGAGCCGGAGAGUGAGCAGGACGAAUCCAAAAGAAGAAUGCCUGGGGUGAAGGCAAGAUUAAGGAGGCAGCUCUUACUUCACAAGACUGACGUCCCAUCUGGAUGUACCUCCACUUCUUGUCUCUUGACCUCUCGUCCUCAGGAGCUGACAGCGAGUGAGCUUCUGAAGAACAGGACUUUCCACAGCGAAGAACUGGAGGCAUCUGACGAGUUCUAUCACAACCAACCCCAGCUGCUCCAGCUAUGCUACGCCUUUUACAACAUUCUCGCUGCCAGAUCCGAGACGGUCUGCUACCUGGUUAUCGUCUUGAACCACAUGGUGUCUGCCAGCUGUCUCACAUUGGUACUUCCUGUUCUGGUGUUUCUGUGGGCAACUCUGUCUGUACCUCGACCCAGUAAGACCUUCUGGAUGACAGCCAUCAUCUACACUGAGGUUACCAUCGUGAUCAAGUAUUUUUUCCAGUUUGGGUUCUUUCCCUUCAAUCAAAAACUAGAGGUGGACCGCUCAAAACCCUUCCACCCUCCCAACAUACUGGGGGUGGAGAAGAAGGAAGGCUACGUUCUGUAUGACCUUCUGCAACUGCUUGCUCUAUUUUACCACAGAGCCAUACUGAAGUGCCAUGGACUUUGGGACCAGAGUUGCUCCACUGACACCAAGUAUCAGCAAGAUGACCAAGAAUUAAGUUCAACUCCCACAGAUAUGGUGUACUGGGGUGGUGAGAGGCAGGCCUGCUCUAGCUCCACCGGACUAUCUCCUACAGGCAGUAUGAGCUCCAUAGACCAGCUCGGCAAGUUGGAACUGCUGCUGAGGAAACUCGGGGAACUUUCCAUCCGGAGCAAGCAAUACUGUGUUAGCAAGUGCGAGUCCCUUUCCAGUCCAGUCUGUCAGUUCUUCCGAGCUCUGGUCCAGCCAGAGUACAGCGCCGUGACCGACGUUUACGUUCUCAUGUUCCUGGCGGACACAAUCGACUUCAUCAUCAUCGUCUUUGGCUUCUGGGCUUUUGGGAAACACUCGGCAGCCGCCGACAUCACUUCCUCCCUUUCAGAGGACCAAGUUCCCGAAGCGUUCUUGGUGAUGGUUCUGAUCCAGUUUGGUACCAUGGUGAUUGAUCGAGCUCUGUAUUUAAGGAAGACCGUGUUGGGAAAGUUGGUCUUUCAGGUGAUUUUGGUGUUGGGGAUCCACUUCUGGAUGUUCUUCAUCCUGCCGACUGUCACAGAGAGACGCUUCAAUCACAACUUGGUGGCUCAGCUGUGGUAUUUCGUCAAAUGUAUUUACUUCGGCUUGUCAGCGUACCAGAUUCGCUCAGGUUAUCCGACGCGGGUCCUGGGAAACUUCCUGACAAAGAGCUACAAUUAUCUCAACCUGUUCCUGUUCCAAGGUUUCCGACUGGUUCCUUUCCUGACUGAGCUGCGGGCUGUGAUGGACUGGGUGUGGACCGACACCACCUUGUCUCUGUCCUCCUGGAUCUGCGUUGAGGAUGUCUAUGCCCACUGCUUUGUCUUAAAGUGCUGGAGAGAGUCUGAGAAGCGAUACCCUCAGCCUCGUGGUCAGAAGAAGAAACGAGUGGUGAAGUACGGGAUGGGAGGUUUGAUCGUUCUGCUGCUGAUUUGCAUCGUGUGGUUUCCUCUGCUCUUCAUGUCCCUCGUCAAGUCGGUGGCUGGUGUCGUCAACCAGCCGCUGGACAUCUCUCUGACCAUCACGCUGGGAGGCUUCCAGCCAAUUUUCACAAUGAGUGCACAGCAGAAUCAGCUGAAAGACCUGACAGAGGAAGACUUCAGAGCAUUUAUUCGUUCCUACAGUUACAUUCCGAGCGCUUUGCAGUUUCUCGAAGCAUACAGUCACGAAGAUGUGACUGUGGCUGAGCUGCAGGGUAGCAGUAACUCUCUGUGGACCAUCAGUCCACCAAGCAGGCGAUACCUGAGCCAGGUGCUCAACCUGGACCACUUUCCCCUGACCUUGUCCUGGACAAUUCAGAGGAACUUGAGUCUUGGGGCAAAGGCGGAGCUUGCAUCGGGUAAACAUGUGUCCUACCUGAAUGACCAGACUCGUUUGGAACUGAUCCAGCUCCUGAAUGGUACCAGAACACUUCCUGUUGUGAUUGACGCCGUGUUGCCAUCUUUCUUACGAGCGCCCAGUGACUCCAACGCCAAACCCAUCGAGCAGCUCUACACAGACGGCUGCUACAAGGCCAUUUUGUUGUCCCUGGAGCGAACAGUCAACGAGAGCCAAGAGAUCCAGGAGUGGUGGAUUGUCGACCAACCAGCUUCCAGUCUUGUACGUUUGGGGGGCGCAACUUCAACAGACAACAGCAGAGAAGCGGGCCUUCAGAUCUUUGUGUUCAGUGAUAAAGUCAGCCCACCGAGUCUCGGCUUCCUGGCCGGAUAUGGCAUUAUGGGAUUAUACGCCUCUGUGGUUUUGGUCAUUGGGAAGUUCGUACGGGAAUUUUUCAGUGGAAUCAGUCACUCCAUCAUGUUUGAGGAGCUUCCCUGCGUCGACCGCAUCCUCAAGCUGUGCACUGACAUCUUCCUGGUGCGUGAGACGGGGGAGCUGGAGCUGGAGGAGGAGCUUUACGCCAAACUCAUCUUCUUGUACCGCUCGCCAGAGACUCUAAUCAAGUGGACGAGACGCUGACAGAAUGCCGUGACGUUCUCCGGGCUCAGUUUCCGCUUUCCCUCCCCGAAUGAGAGACGACCUUCCGUUCUUUUCUCAAAUGUGAUGUAACACUGUGGAAAGAAAAGACAUUCUUCAGACAGACAGACGUCGAGCGUGAAGGGCUGAAGAUCGAAAAAGAACUUUCAUUUUGGUUCUGUGUUUUCAUUUCACUUUUUCCAUUUCACCACAACCUUUAAGUAUGUGAAAAGAUUUGCUCAUGUAUGAAAAUAGUUCAACAAAUCAGGGUGAAUUAAAUGACUUAUCCAAGUGA